AUGAACGAAGCGGGUGCAAUUCUGAAUAAGCAAGUUGGAAAUAUUCUACGUCCAUUUGAGAGUAUGAAGCCUGCUGAUCUGUUGGUUCCGUACGUACCAUGCAGCAAAAUGGACAAAAGGAAGCUCUUAAAAAGCUUAGAAAGUGAUUUUGAACUGGUUUAUGUUGCUCAAUCAUGCUUGUCAUGGGCGGCCCUCCACCAUCGGUAUAGAAAGGUUGAAGCUCUUGCAUCCUCUAGCUCUCAAAAUGGGGCGGUUUACGAUAAUGUGGCGGGCGAGUUUCAGAAAUUUCAAAUGAAAGGUGUGAAUUGGGCAAGAGGGAUUGGAAUUAUGCCAGAGGAAGGUUGUAUCUCAAUACCCUUCUCCAAGUCCCCAUGGUUUCAGUUUAAGCCCGUAAGAGCUACUGGUGAGGAAGGUGCGAGUGGUGAUGAGUCAGAAGAUGCACUUCAAGCCACCAUUGAGAAGAGCAAGAAGGUUCUUGCUAUUCAAAGAGGCCUACUUCAGCAGAUUGCUGAGAGAAGAAAAUUGGUUUCUUCUAUAAAAAGUAGCAUUAUUGACCCAGAAGUAGACGAAACUUCUUCUGAGCAGUGGAAAAACUCUUCUUCAGAUCAGGACCAUGCUUCAACUAGUGGUCAGCCUGUUAAUGAACAACAAAAUGGCAGCAUUCUUUCUAGCAACUAUGUCCAUUCAGCUGCAGAUGAGGUACCAGAAACUGCAUCUUCAGUUAUCAGUAGAGGUUAUGAUGACAAUAAAAAGGAACUUGAGCCUCAACUACCUCCUAAAGAAGCUCCUUCUGAUAAGGAUUCUUCUAUACAGUUGAAAGUCACUGGCUCAGAGAAAGUUUGGUCAGACGAGCUGCCUUCUUUUCUUUCAAAUACCUCAGAAAUAUUCACUAUGAAUGAAAAGCAUGAAGAUGUCAAUGAACCAACAUUGCCAGAGAUUAAUAGCAUUGAAAGUGAUCCUACAACUGAAGACACUUUACCUCCUCCAUUGGCUGGGGUCAAUGUCAUGAAUGUUGUUGUGGUGGCUGCAGAAUGUGCUCCAUGGUCUAAAACAGGUGGGCUUGGAGAUGUUGCUGGGUCUUUACCAAAGGCUUUGGCACGGCGUGGACACAGGGUUAUGGUUGUGGCACCUCGAUAUGGCAACUAUGCAGAACUUCAGGAUAUUGGAGUUCGAAAAAGAUAUAAGGCGGAUGGUCAGGAUGUGGAAGUUACAUACUUCCAAACCUACAUUGAUGGGGUGGAUUUUGUUUUCAUUGAUUGUCAUUUAUUUCGCUACAUAGAGGGUAAUAUAUAUGGAGGAAGCCGAUUGGACAUUUUAAAGCGCAUGAUUUUAUUUUGCAAAGCAGCUGUUGAGAGAAUUGAUGAUUUCCAGGUUCCUUGGUAUGUCCCAUGUGGUGGUGUCUGCUACGGAGAUGGAAAUUUGGUUUUCAUUGCAAAUGAUUGGCAUACUGCUUUGUUGCCAGUGUAUCUGAAGGCAUAUUAUCGGGACAACGGUUUAAUGAAAUAUACAAGAUCUGUUCUUAUAAUUCAUAACAUAGCUCACCAGGUUUGUUCUCUGCCUGAUGAGGGUCGUGGACCUGUGGAUGAUUUCUUCCAUGCGGAUCUGCCAGAGCACUAUGUUGACCUUUUCAAAAUGUAUGACCCCCUUGGUGGCGAACAUUUCAAUAUCUUUGCUGCUGGUCUGAAGACAGCAGACCGUGUGGUUACUGUCAGUCAUGGAUAUUCAUGGGAGCUUAAGACAUCUGAAGGUGGUUGGGGUCUGCACAAUGUCAUAAACGAAAAUGAUUGGAAAUUUAGCGGUAUUGUGAAUGGCAUUGAUACAAAAGAAUGGAACCCGCUUUUGGAUGUUCACCUGACUUCAGAUGGUUAUGCUAACUACUCCCUGGAAACGCUGCACGCUGGCAAGCCUCAAUGCAAGGCAGCCUUACAGAAGGAGCUUCGUUUGCCUGUCCGUCCAGAUGUCCCUGUGAUUUGUUUCAUUGGAAGAUUGGAUCAACAGAAAGGUGUUGAUCUCAUAGCUGAGGCUAUUCCAUGGAUGGUCGGUCAGGACAUGCAGUUAAUCAUGUUGGGCACUGGCAGACAAGACCUGGAACAGAUGCUGAGGCAGUUUGAAGAUCAACACAAUGACAAAAUCAGGGGAUGGGUUGGUUUUUCUGUAAAGAUGGCUCACAGGAUAACUGCAGGUGCAGAUGUUUUGCUCAUGCCGUCACGAUUUGAGCCUUGUGGGCUGAACCAACUAUAUGCUAUGAUGUAUGGAACAAUUCCAGUCGUCCAUGCUGUUGGGGGGCUAAGGGAUACGGUGCAACCUUUCAAUCCAUUCAAUGAGUCUGGGCUUGGGUGGACAUUCGAUAGUGCUGAAGCAAAUAAGUUGAUACAUGCACUAGGGAACUGCUUAUUGACCUACCGAGAGUACAAGAAAAGUUGGGAGGGACUUCAAAGACGAGGGAUGACGCAAGAUCUCAGCUGGGAUCAUGCUGCUGAGAAAUAUGAGCAAGUCCUUGUUGCUGCCAAGUACCAGUGGUCUCUGGCCACGGUUUGUGUGGAGCUGUACAGGAGGCAGACUUAUAGUGAGUGUAGAGGUGCCUCAAGGGUACAGCUAGAUAAGGCAGCCAUGAAGAUUUUCGAUUUGGAUGAAUUUUUCAUGGAUCUUAAGAUCAUGUGUGCACAGGUGGAGGAGAUACGUGUGGUGGUGGGGAUGGAGGAUCUGGAGAGGGAUGAGGAGAAAAAGAUGGGCUUGAGUUCUCCUAUAGUUGAAUGUGUGUAUUAUUUAAUUGGGAGGGUUGGUCCAGUUAGGAAGAAGUGGCAUGAGUGUCUGAUGCUUGAGGUUUUAGGCUUGGUGUGUGAUGUGAUGGGCUUGGUUGGUGGAACGAUUGGGGUGAGGCAAUAG